UUUAGUUGACUUUAGUCAACGUUUGUUCUUCCAAAAAAAAAAAAAAAAAAAUCAAUCAAGAUCCAAUAAUUAGUGUACAUUUGCAUAUGAACAAAUGGCAUUAGACACUGCACUAUAUGCACAAGAUCAAAUUGGCAUUUGGGGUUAUGACUAUUUGUUACAAGAAGAUAAAAGUUUUUAUGGUUUAUUAGAAAGUAACAACAACAUUAUUAGUCAAAAUAAUGAAAAUGUUGCUAAAAGUGUCCAUGCAAAUAAUUUGGACUAUUGUUCACCUUCUUCUGUGAUGCAAAAUCACAAUACUAUUUCAUCACCAGAAAUUUGUACCCGUGGUACCGAACUUGUGGCGGCUGUCGGUAGCAGGAGAAAAAGAAGGCGAACCAAGAGUGGGAAGAACAAAGAAGAGUUGGAGAGUCAGAGAAUGACUCAUAUUACGGUGGAACGAAAUCGGCGAAAACAAAUGAAUGAGUAUCUUGCUGUUAUUCGAUCAAUGAUGCCAUCUUCAUACGUUCAAAGGGGAGAUCAAGCUUCAAUAAUUGGAGGAGCUAUAAAUUUUGUGAAGGAGCUAGAACAACAACUACAAACGUUAGAGGUACAACAAAGAGCCAUGCAUCAACAUACAACCAUCAAAAAUAACUAUUCUUCGCCACCAUUACCAUUUAGUGAAUUCUUCACAUUCCCACAAAUCUCGACUCGAACGCAAAAUGAUCAAGGCUGCGGUAGUUCGGUCACUUUGGUCGAUAACCGGCCACGGGCUAUGGCAGAGAUUGAAGUAACAAUGGUGGAAAACCAUGCAAAUCUAAAAAUACUAUCCAAGAAGCGAACUAGGCAGCUCUUGAAAAUGGUGUGUGGUCUACAAUGUUUGUGGCUCACUAUUCUCCACCUUAAUGUUACUACAGUUGAUCAAAUGGUACUCUAUAGUCUUAGUGUAAAGAUUGAAGAUGCAUGCCAGCUGAAUACAGUGGAUGAGAUAGCUGAUGCAGUCAAUUGCAUGUUGGGAAGAAUUGAAGGUGAAACUAUGUAAUCUAAUAAUUCAAUUGUAAUAAACCUAUAUAGCCUAUUGUUUUUAAUAAUAAUUAAUUAGGGUAUAGUUUUAAUAACUUUUUUUCAUUCUAGAGGUUACCAUAUAGUACUAGCUAGCCUUUUACAUUUCUUAA